GCAUCUUUGCACACAGCUGAGGAGCCCAGCGCGAGGCCACGGCUCAGUGAAGAUGGCUUUGACCCAGACCGACCGUGAGCUGGUUCUUGCGCUAUGGAAGAAGAUGAGCACCAACGUCGGAAUCUACACGACAGAGGCCUUGGAGAGGACCUUCGUGGCUUUCCCCGCCACCAAAACUUACUUCCCACACUUGGACCUGAGCCCCGGCUCUGGCCAGGUUAAAGCCCAUGGCCAAAAGGUGGCGGAAGCACUGACUCUUGCUGCCUACCACCUGGACGACCUGCCUGGUUCUCUGUCUGCUCUCAGCGAUCUACAUGCUCACAAACUCCGUGUGGAUCCUGCUAACUUCCAGUUCUUCAGCCACUGUCUGCUGGUGACUCUUGCCCGGCACUAUCCUGGAGACUUCAGCCCAACGAUGCACGCCUCCCUGGCCAAGUUUCUGGGCCUUGUGACUUCGGCACUGGUCUCCAAGUAUCGCUGAGGAUGUAUCCUAGUAUCCUAGUAUCCCAAAGCAAGGUUCCAAGAGGCUGGGGUUACAGCUAAGAUGAAGUCACAGACCUCCCAUGUAUAUGGGCUGUUCCUUGUAUUUUGUUUUGGUUUCGUUUUUUGUUUUGAGAUAGGUUUCAUGGUCUCAUGUAACCCAGCCUGGCCUCUCAAAUCCAUACUAUAGACUAGGUUGGUCUUGAUCCUUCUGUUUCCAUCCCCAUCUCCAACCCACCUCCCAUCCCUCACACCCACCCACCAAUACCCUGAUUACAAGGUAUGCAAGCCCCACCA